CCUCACCUGUAACAGAAAAGAGCAGCAGCUCCCACCUGGCAGGGCCAAGGCAGGUUGCUCCGCCUCUGCGUGACUCAGUUGCUCCAUCUGUAACAUGGGACGAUGACAGUCCUUACCCCACAGACUAAUAUGAGGGUUAAAAUAAGUCGGUUCAUAUGAAAGGUGCCUGGUACGGGCCAUUUUACCUUACCCUUCCAGUCCCUUGCGUUGUGAGACGAUCUUGACUUCAUGUGUCACUAAGACGGAAGAGGGAAUCCUGCCACACUCCACUGUGUCUAGAGCUAGUGCAUUUAAGGGAAGAUAAAAAUGUGAAAAAUAACUCGUUAUCAGGACGGAUGAAAUCCGGCUUUCCCCUGGACACCGGUUUGCCACAAUCGCCCUCACCAAUAAAAAUGUCUUUCUAGUAUCUCUAGUAAAAAUAUCUUCCUCCCGGGGAAAUGUUCUGUAGGAAAGCUGGGACACCUCCCACCCAGCCUGGGCGCUGUCCCCAGAAGCGCCUGGGGCCUCAGCCUGCCCGUGCUCUAUGCUCUCUCCCUCCCCGCGCCCGCAGGACCUGCCCAAACCCGCCCGGACCGCGCGCCGCUGCUCCGGGCUGGCCCGGCGACUGCUGACCGUCGCCUUCGCCCUGCUCAUCCUGUGCCUCAUCACCUGGGCCUACGCGGCCGGGGUGCCUCUGGCCUCCGAUCGCCACGGCCUCCUGGCCUUCGGCCUGUACGGCGCCUUCCUGUCGGCGCACCUGGUGGCGCAGAGCCUCUUCGCAUACCUGGAGCACCGGCGGGUGGCGGCGGCGGCGCGGCGCGCGGCCAGGCGGGGGCUCCCGGACGCGGGCUCGGCGCGCACCGUGGCUCUGACCAUCUCCGCCUACCAGGAGGACCCCGCCUACCUGCGCCAGUGCCUGGCGUCCGCGCGCGCCCUGCUGUACCCGCGCGCGCGCCUGCGCGUGCUCAUGGUGGUGGACGGCAACGGCGCCGAGGACCUCUACAUGGUGGACAUGUUCCGCGAGGUCUUCGCCGACGAGGACCCCGCCACCUACGUGUGGGACGGCAACUACCACCAGCCCUGGGAACCUGCGGCGGCGGGCGCCGUGGGCGCGGGCGCCUACCGGGAGGUGGAAGCCGAGGACCCGGGGCGCCUGGCGGUGGAGGCGCUGGUCAGGACGCGCAGGUGCGUGUGCGUGGCGCAGCGCUGGGGCGGCAAGCGCGAGGUCAUGUACACGGCCUUCAAGGCGCUGGGCGACUCGGUGGACUACGUGCAGGUGUGUGACUCAGACACAAGGCUGGACCCCAUGGCGCUGCUGGAGCUGGUGCGGGUGCUGGAUGAGGAUCCCCAAGUCGGGGCGGUUGGGGGAGACGUUCGGAUCCUUAACCCUCUGGACUCCUGGGUCAGCUUCCUGAGCAGCCUGCGGUACUGGGUUGCCUUCAAUGUGGAGCGAGCUUGUCAGAGCUACUUUCACUGCGUGUCCUGCAUCAGCGGCCCCCUGGGCCUGUACAGGAACAACCUCCUGCAGCAGUUCCUGGAGGCUUGGUACAACCAGAAGUUCCUGGGCACCCACUGCACUUUUGGGGAUGACCGGCACCUCACCAACCGCAUGCUCAGCAUGGGCUACGCCACCAAGUACACGUCGCGCUCGCGCUGCUACUCGGAGACGCCGUCGUCCUUCCUGCGCUGGCUCAGCCAGCAGACGCGCUGGUCCAAGUCCUACUUCCGCGAGUGGCUGUACAACGCACUGUGGUGGCACCGGCACCACGCGUGGAUGACCUACGAGGCGGUGGUGUCGGGGCUCUUCCCGUUCUUCGUGGCGGCCACCGUGCUGCGCCUGUUCUACGCGGGGCGCCCGUGGGCGCUGCUGUGGGUGCUGCUGUGCGUGCAGGGCGUGGCGCUGGCCAAGGCGGCCUUCGCGGCCUGGCUGCGCGGCUGCGGGCGCAUGGUGCUGCUGUCGCUGUACGCGCCGCUCUACAUGUGCGGCCUGCUGCCCGCCAAGUUCCUGGCGCUGGUCACCAUGAACCAGAGCGGCUGGGGCACCUCGGGCCGCCGCAGGCUGGCGGCCAACUACGUCCCGGCGCUGCCGCUGGCGCUCUGGGCUCUGCUGCUGCUCGGGGGCCUGGUGCGCAGCGUGGCGCAGGAGGCCGGGGCCGACUGGAGCAGCCCCGCGCGGCUCGCCGAGGGCCGCCACCUGGCGGCGGGCGCGGCCGCCUACGCCGGCUACUGGGCCGCAAUGAUGGCGCUGUACUGGGUGGGCGUGCGCAGGCUCUGCCGGCGGCGGGCGGGGGGCUACCGCGUGCAGGUGUGAGCAGGGCCGGCCCGGGGCCCAGGACACCCGCAGCCUCGGACGCCCUCUCCGGGCCUCAGUUUACCUCCUCGGGGGAGGACGGACCCAAGGCUCUUCGGCCUGGACUGCGUGCGGGCUGGGACGUCUGGGGAGGGUAUUUAUUGAUCGGGGUGUGGGUUUUUAGGAAGGGGGGAAAGGCCCCACUUCCGCCCUGUGCUUAUUUAAUGUUCGUACUGUGAUUAGGAAAUAAUAAAGAACUUUAUUUAUUUUCUUCUGAGCACCCUGGCCCGUUUUCUGAGAAUUUGGUUGGGGAGGCCUCCUCGAAAGAACUGCGUGCUCUGGCUGUCCGGUGCUGGCUGUUUGAACCUGGGCUGGGGAUUCUCCUUCCUGGAACCCGUGUUCGCCCUGCGGGGAGCAGAGAAAUUUCAUAGAAGUGGAGUCAAGCAACAUAUGCUGUCUCGUGACUUUCUCAUCUAGUGUGAUGUUUUUAAGGAAUUGACAGGCCGCUUCCCACAGGGACUGUACUACUUCACAUUCCCACCAGCAAGGCCACAAAGGUUCCAAUUUCUCUACACCCUUGCCAGGGUUCUUACGACGUGACAUUCUGAUUACAGACUAACCUAGUGAGUGCAAACUGGUAUCUCGUUGUGGUUUUGAUUUCUAUCUCCAUAAUGAAUGAUGUUGAUUCCCACAGGUUCAAACCCAUGCCAACCAGCCAGGCAGCGGCCUGCUCCACCUACUCACUUCCACAGAAGCCACUCUUGUCAAGCUCACUGCGACAUCCACACCACUAAGGCCAAUGACCAGUUCUCAGGCCUGCUACAGUGUGAUCUGGCAGCAUUUGGUGCAGGUGUGCUCUCUUCCUCCUUGAAAUGGUUUCUUCUCUUGGCUUUAAGGAGGCUGAAGGUGCCUAGCUGUCUUUCUCCCUUGGUUUUCUUCUCUGCAUCCUCUUCACAUGGCUGCUGUACACUGGAGAAGCUUCUUCUCAUCCUCUUUCCCAUCUACACUGGCUUCCCGUGAUCCACGGCUUUGACCACUGCAUCCAUGCUCUAUGCUUAGAGACGGGACUCCCAAUCUUUGACUUUCAGACCAGGCCUUGCCCCUCCAUUCCAGAUGUGUAUCUCCCCAUGCCUCUAUGGCAGAGCCAGAUACUUAACAGUCCCAACACCCACUCCCAUCUCUCCUCGUUCCUCCCCUAACCCCUAGAAACUUGCUCCCCCCGUUUCCCUGCCUCAGCAGGCACAGCUGUAUUGUCCAAAUAGUAGCCACUACUACAUGGGACUUUAUAAUACUUAUGUCAUUCACUGAUCCAAUAAGUCACAAACAUAUCUACCAAGUACUUCCUGAGUUCUGUGCGCUCUGCCAGGUUUGCAACUACAGAACUGAGUAAGAGCUCCUGGCUUCGGGGAGCUUCUCAAAAAGUACACAAGAGUGAUUUGUUAGGCAUACCCAGGGGCACAUGCCCCUGAGACUUCUGUUGUCACAGAGCAGGGACUAUUUAUUAUA